UAGAGGAACAAAUUAGAGAUAUAGACAUCCUGAUUGGGGAAAAACGCGAAAUUUUGGAUGAGCAACAAAGUUUAUCAUUAGAAGUUUUGCAGGCUGCAGAAACACCGCUGGAUGAGGGUGACGCAGUUUUGGAUUUCGAAUUGUCGUGCAAUUCUUAUGCGGAUUCGUUGGAUAAUGUUCAUUUCGAGGGAAAUAUACAUAAAGGAGUAGAAAAUAUGAAAAUAUUGGCAAAAUUAUUCUAUCCUACCGAAAACAUCGGUGCCACAGUCGCAGCACUUGUGGAAAAUCUACUUCAAGCUGAACAAAAUGAAAAAUAUAUAAAUGAAUUAGGAAAG